AUGGACGAGGAAAAAAAUAGUCCGUCUUUUCUUGAGGACCACAGAGUUAAGUUUGUCGAGGAAAAAGUUUGCGGGCUACUGCGGGUGCACAGCCAGACAUGGCAAAGAAAUGCUGUCAGCGAAGAGUUUCAAGGACCUCUGAAGAACUUCUUUGAAAAGCAGUCGCUUAUAUUUUUCUCUUCCUCUAAAAAGGGCUGUCUGGUUGCUUCUAAUGAGGUUCCACCAGAUGCGAAAAAUGAACAAAUCUAUAUUCUCAAGAAGAGAGUUGUUCCAGUCACCUCUGAAAACUGCAGGGAACUGCUGCUCUUUGGCCUUUUGACUCCACCAGUUCUCCUGCAGCUGUCAUGUGCAGUUAAGCAGAUAUGUGUUCCACUGCUGUCCGACAACAAAAACCAUCAGACUUGGCCACUUCUGAUAUCUGAAGACAUCCUUCGACAUGUGGAAAUCAUGUGCAGUCAGACCUCAGUUGUGCAGGGACGGGUUAUGGGGAAAACUGUCCUCCCUAUUCCAAUAGCAGCUGACUGGAUGGAAAAGCCACACGGCAUCUUUGAAAAGCAUGAAAACUAUGACAGGGCAGUAGCCCAUACCAUAGAGACCCAGGUCAUCAACUGGACAAAUCUGAUCCAGAAAAUUUUAAAGGAGGAUUCAUCAGACAAACUAAUAACAGGCUGUAAUCCAGGGCCCAGUGCAGAACUGAAGUUUUGGGCAUCCAGGAAGAACAACAUAGAGAGCAUUUAUCAUCAGCUUCAGAGUCCAGUUAUUCAAAUGAUGGUGAAGAUGUUAGAGACGAUGGAUAGCAGCUAUCAUCCAGCAAUCAAGAUGCUAAUUGGAAAAGUGUGUGAUGCUCUGCGAGAAGCCGAGGACAUUGACCUCCAUCUACAGCCACUACAUGCACAGCUGUCUCAUUUGGAAAACGGAGAGCUUCAACUCAUGCAAACAUACAUGCCGGCACUUUUUCACACGCUUUACCUCAUUUGGACCAACUGCCAGUCUUACCAAAGACCAGCACGCAUCGUGGUAUUACUGCAGGAACUCUGUAAUCUGCUCAUUGAACAGGCUUCUACAUACCUCUCUGCAGAUCUGCUUCUCAGAGAGGAUCCAGAGGAAAGUCUACAAAUGGUAACGAGAGUCAUAAAGGUUUGUAGGUGUUUCAAAGACAGUUACCAGACCCAGAGGGAAAGACUUGCCAGCCAAGUGAAACAUGCACCCUGGGAUUUUCCAGCUGCUUUGAUUUUCUCACGUUUCAACCAGUUCUUUAAUCGUAUGAAACAGCUUGAGGAAUUCUUUGAAAUCAUGCUACACUAUAAGAGAAUGGAAAAGUUGCAAUUUGGUGGAACUAAAGGGAAACUCUACAGUGAGCAUGCUGCUAAGAUGCACAAAGAUUUCAGUGACCUCUGCCAAGCACUGAUCCACAGUAAAAACUGCCCGCUUGACUUGAACUCUCAGGGUUUUGAAAGUGAGUAUAAGAAUUUCAAGAUUAAGAUUGCGGACAUUGAAUGCCGCCUUGCUCGCUUUCUGUGUUUGGCUUUCAAGGAUUGUUCAGGCCUCGAGUCAGCAAUGAAAGUAAGUAAGACUGCAUGCUAG